UGACGUUUACUAGCAGCGAGGAGAAGUAGGAGUCGGCGAAUUUGUGUUUUUGUCGUUUUUGUGCAUUACAUGAAAACUAUCGAAAGAAUCGGGAUAAAAGUGUGAAAAAUAUCCAACAGUAGUCCCAGAGUGAAACAUUCAUCAUGCCGCGUAUUAUGAUAAAAGGUGGUGUGUGGAGAAACACGGAGGAUGAAAUCUUGAAGGCGGCUGUUAUGAAAUAUGGCAAGAACCAGUGGUCACGUAUCGCGUCACUGUUGCACAGGAAAUCAGCUAAACAAUGUAAAGCCCGUUGGUAUGAGUGGCUUGAUCCGAGCAUCAAGAAAACUGAAUGGUCCCGGGAGGAAGAUGAAAAAUUGCUGCAUCUGGCCAAGUUGAUGCCCACGCAAUGGCGUACGAUUGCACCCAUCAUAGGACGGACCGCGGCUCAGUGUUUGGAGAGGUAUGAGUACCUGUUGGAUCAGGCGCAGCGGAAAGAGGAUGGGGAGGAUGGCGGAAUGGAUGAUCCGAGAAAGCUGAAGCCGGGUGAGAUUGAUCCCAAUCCGGAAACGAAACCGGCUCGACCCGAUCCUAAGGAUAUGGACGAGGAUGAGUUGGAGAUGUUGUCCGAAGCGAGAGCUCGAUUGGCCAAUACCCAGGGUAAGAAAGCUAAAAGGAAAGCCCGUGAAAAACAGUUGGAAGAAGCGCGACGGUUGGCGGCUUUGCAAAAAAGACGAGAACUGCGUGCUGCUGGCAUUGGGCUUGGGAAUCGGAAGCGAAGACUUAAGGGUAUUGAUUUCAAUUCGGAGAUUCCGUUCGAGAAGGUGCCGGCGCAAGGUUUUUACGAUACAUCGGAGGAAUUUGUCAUUCCAAUAGCGGCUGACUUCUCCAGCCUUCGCCAGCAGAAUCUUGAUGGAGAGUUGCGAAUUGAGAAGGAAGCACGCGAGAGGAAGAAAGACAAAGAGAAGCUAAAGCAGAAGAAAGAGAAUGACAUUCCGUUGGCAAUGCUCCAGAAUCAGGAGCCAGCGAAGAAGCGUUCGAAAUUGGUUCUUCCUGAGCCGCAGAUUUCCGACCAAGAGCUUCAACAAGUUGUCAAGUUGGGGCGUGCGAGUGAAAUUGCCAAAGAAGUUGCCUCAGAGUCGGGAGUCGAAACGACGGAUGCACUUCUUGCCGAUUACAGUAUCACUGCUCAGGUGUCGGCCACUCCCCGGACAGUUGCCCCCGUUACGGAUCGAAUUCUUCAGGAGGCACAAAACAUGAUGGCGCUCACUCAUGUGGACACUCCAUUGAAGGGUGGCGUAAAUACACCACUCGUACAGCCGGAUUUUUCCGGGGCUCUUCCCCAGGCCCAUGUUGUUGCCACUCCAAACACAAUUCUUGCGACACCAUUUCGUUCUGCUCGUGGUCCCGACGGCGCUGCCACUCCUGGUGGGUUUCUAACACCCGCUUCGGGUGCCCUUGUUCCGGUUGGAGGCACUCCGGCCCAGCCAGGGGCAACUCCAAUGUUGGUGAGGGAUAAACUUAAUAUCAACGCGGAGGAUACCAUGUCGGUGGCUGAAACUCCAGCCGCUUACAAAAGCUACCAGAAGCAGUUGAAAUCUUCGCUGAAGGAAGGACUUGCUUCGCUGCCUAGACCUAGGAAUGAUUACGAGAUCGUGGUACCGGAUAAUGAGACUGACGAGCCAGUGGACGACGGCGCUGAUGGGGAAAAUAUGGUGACCGACCAAGCCGAUGUGGACGCCCAAAAGAAGCAAGAACAGCAGGCCCGAGAGGCUAAGGAAUUGGCUGCAAGAUCACAGGUAAUCCAACGUGAUUUACCGCGUCCGCUAGACAUCAAUAUGACUGUCCUGCGUCCACCCAACGAAAUGCAUGGACUCACCGAGUUGCAGCGGGCCGAAGAACUGGUGAAGCAAGAAAUGGUCAAAAUGCUCAAUUACGAUGCGAUCCGCAAUCCGGUUGUCAACCCACAGGCCCCGCCAAGCAAGAAGAACCCAUUGGCCCAGCAUUUGGCUUAUCUGGAACAGCAUCCGUACGAAGACAUCAACGAAGGGGAUCUUGAACGGGCAAAGGCGCUGCUGAAAGAGGAAAUGGGCGUUGUCAGGUCUGGAAUGGCCCACGGCGAUUUGUCGCUUGAGAGUUACAGUCAGGUGUGGCAGGAGUGUCUUUCGCAGGUGCUGUAUCUGCCCAGCCAAAAUCGCUACACUAGGGCCAAUUUGGCCAGCAAGAAGGACCGAAUCGAGUCCGCCGAGAAGCGACUGGAGAUUAAUCGAAAGCACAUGGCCAAAGAGGCUAAGCGGUGUGGAAAAAUUGAGAAGAAGCUGAAAAUUCUCACCGGAGGCUAUCAGGCGAGAGCUCAAGCUUUGAUAAAACAAUUCCAGGAUACGAAUGAGCAGAUAGAGCAAAACAAUUUGGCUCUCUCGACGUUCAAAUUCUUGGCAGCACAGGAAGAUUUGGCCAUACCGAAGCGGAUGGAAUCACUGACGGAGGAUGUGAUGAGACAGACCGAGCGAGAGAAGAGUCUUCAGAAGCGAUAUGCUCAGCUGACCGAGGAUUUCCGAGAUUUGUUCAGAGAGGAGACGGUUCCGCAGCCAAGGCAGAGGCUGCCCCCUCAGCAGAGAGUUGAAGUUGUUGAGCAAAACGGGCAGAGAGAGGAAGCUGACAAUGGUGCAAACACACAGGAUAACGAUGACAAAGAUGAAGAUAGCCCUCAAGAAGAAGAACCUAUUCCAGAGGAAUCCCACGAACAAAACAAUGGUGAAGCAAUGGAUUGUCCGGAGAAUGGUGAAGAUUGAUAGACUCGAAAGGUGGCAAAUGUGGCUGCAGUUUUGUUGUAAUCUACGGAAAAUAAGUUAUACUUUCGAACUAAUAAAACUAUA